CGGAGGCCCGUCAGGUCUUUUGUCAUUUCCUCUUGCUUCACACUCAGCUGACAGUGUAGGGUUUGAUAAAAACAAAACACAAACAAAAAACAUCAAAGAGUGGAAAUCCCGGUGGAUUAGUGGAGAGAGUCAGCAGUGUGUGCGUGGGAUCAUGCUGGAGGACUGACACGCGCUCGUGACUUGCUGGAGCGUGCGCGGCCCUGGGCUUCCUGCUGAGAUCUGCUUCAUCACUUUAAGCGAUCAUCUGAGGAUGUGUCUGCUUUCUUUAUCAUUCACUGCUCUUCAUGGCUGUUUCAGGUAGGAAGUUGCGCAGGGGGACGUCACUGAGGAGUGAUGCCUGUUGAAAGUGGAAGCAGCGCAGCCGGCCGUCCAGUCAAACAGAAGCGCAAGUCGCACAGUCUCUCCAUUCGGAGGACCAACAGCACGGAGCAGGAGCGACCAGGCAUGCAGAGAGACAUGCUGGAGGGACAGGACUCCAAGUUGCCGAUGGCCUUAAGGAGUAACUUACUGGACCUGUUCGGACAGAUUGAACGGGAGUUUGAAAAUCUCUACAUCGAAAACUUAGAAUUGCGGAGAGAGAUUGAUUCGCUAAACGAACGUUUGGCUGGAGAAGGACAGACAGUCGAUGGUGGCGAUCUCAGCAAAGGAGCCCUCAAAACAAAAGCUAGUCACAGCACAAGUCAGCUGUCCCAGAAGCUGAAGACGACAUACAAGGCCUCCACUAGCAAGAUCGUGUCCAGUUUCAAAGCCACCACGUCUCGUGCAGUGUGUCAGCUGGUCAAGGAGUACGUGGGACACCGGGAUGGGAUAUGGGACCUGGCCGUGACUCGGGUUCAGCCGCUGGUUCUCGGCACAGCUUCAGCCGAUCACUGCUCCAUGCUGUGGAGCAUCGAGACUGGAAAGUGCCUGCUGAAAUAUGCUGGUCACGCUGGAUCAGUCAACUCCAUUAAGUUCCACCCAACAGAGCAGAUGGCUCUGACAGCGUCUGGGGACCAGACGGCACACAUCUGGCGUUACAUGGUACAGCUGCCGCUUCCCCAGCCCCCAGCAGACACCAGUGCCUCUCUGGACGAUGACGGGGACUUCUCUGAUAAAGACGAGGCCGACGGCGAGGCAGAGGGCCCCAGUGAAUGCCCCACCAUCCGUGUGGCCACCACCACCUUGAAGAGCCACCAGGGGGUGGUGAUCGCAGCUGAUUGGCUGGUGGGAGGAAAGCAGGUGGUCACUGCGUCCUGGGACAGAGCUGCAAACCUCUAUGAUGUAGAGACCUCUGAGCUGGUGCAUGCCCUCACAGGUCAUGAUCAAGAGCUGACCCACUGCUGUACUCAUCCCACCCAGCGUCUGGUGGUCACCUCAUCCAGGGACACCACCUUCCGGCUGUGGGACUUCAGAGAUCCCUCCAUCCACUCCGUCAACGUCUUCCAGGGCCACACCGACACGGUGACGUCUGCCGUGUUCACCGUUGGGGACAAUGUGGUGUCGGGAAGUGACGAUCGCACUGUCAAGGUGUGGGACUUGAAGAACAUGAGAUCUCCGAUUGCUACCAUCCGCACCGACUCAGCCGUUAAUAGGAUAAGUGUCUCGGCGAACCAAAGAAUCAUCGCUCUGCCACAUGACAACAGACAGGUCAGGCUGUUCGACAUGAGCGGGGUCCGUCUGGCCCGUCUCCCUCGGAGCAACAGACAGGGCCAUCGGCGGAUGGUGUGCUGCUCUGCCUGGAACGAGGAGAACCAAGCUUGUAAUCUGUUCACCUGCGGCUUCGACCGUCAGGCCAUCGGCUGGAACAUCAACAUCCCGGCCCUGCUGCAGGAGAAGUGACACGCUCGCCGUUCAGUUUCACACAUACAAGCUUAACACGUUCGUCAGUGCCACACCUGCAGUAGAUUUUAAAAGAACACAUUCACGUUGCAUGUGACCAGACUCAGUUUUUCAUCCCAGUUUGGCGUCUGUGGUCUCUGACUCGUGGUCACCAUCACCAUCGUAUGUGGAAAAAAACUCAAUUUCAUGGAUAUUUUACAUAUCUAGCCCUGCGCUGUCUGCUCUGAGGUCAUAUAGUGUUGUGAACUUCCUCCCAGUCUUGUUACCGAGACCCGUCAAUCCUGCGAGGCUGGGACAUUGCUGAAACGUUCAUUCCUGGCCCACCGCUGUUACAUUCAAUUAAAUUUCACUUCAGUGCUAUUUUUGUUGUGCAAUGUACUUUGUAAAGAUAUCUUUUUAUUUUACAGUUGCAUUUUAGAGUUCUUUAUUGUUUAGUUUUUUUGUAUAGAGUUCUGCUUUGCUCUUUAUAGAGAUGAGAUGUGCAGAAGAAACGUCGAGCACUCUGCCUUUGUGAAUGGAAAUCAAGCAAUCACAUUUACAGAUCCGCACCUCCGCGAUGUUCUGAUGGGAGCCGCCGUUCCAGAAGCCUGUCAGUAUUACCGCAGAACAUUUGCAUGAAAAACCCCGUGAACUCCGUGAAAUACGUGAAGCGAAAUGCUGUAUAAUUGCGGUGUAAUCUUGUUCACUCUAUUGAAAACCAGCUUUGUAAGUAUUGAAUGUUUACGAAGCCCUACAUUUGAUGUUCACUUCCAUUUCAAGGGCUUUCAAGUCGUGUAGAAGUAAAUAUUUGAAUCAGCGCGUCUGAAUUCAGAACAAGUUCACUGCUGUAGUUUUAUAUUGACGUUUCCGAUGUUGUGCUGUCCGUCAGUCAUCAUCGGACCAAAUAUCAAUGCCUUGCUCAGUGUGAUCUGCUGACACUUGAAAGGCUUUCUGAUGUACUUCGUGAACCACUGUGCUUAGCUGUAUCUACAGAAACAGGACAUUCAUUAUAUCUAAAUGGAAGCUCUUCCAUCAGUGUGUUACAGUUGGUAUCGUUACACCAGAACUACACUGGACCGUGCUGGGAGUCUCGGAGGAGAGUGUCUGUUAACUCUGUUAGGUCUAACAAAAAGAUGUUUAUGAUGCAGUGUAUAUUUGCGACGCCAUGUUUAAUGGACUGUAUUUGACUUGAGAUGAAAUGUACGCAGUGAAGCAUAGAAAACGCUCAGAAACAACAGUGCAUAUGACCCAUCAGAACGUCCUUCCAACAUUUGAGUCGUCUUUAACUUGCUAUAGUGUUCUGUGGGGUAUUCUGUAUUGAGCCAUUUCACUCUUUUUAUUUGAGAGCAACUUAAUUUGCUGUUUUGGAGAAGCAUAUCGCAUCAUAUACUAAUAAUAAAGAGAAACCGAAUCUAAAUCAUUCACUGCUGGGCCUCAGAAUAAAGUGACCAUGUCUUUCAACAAUCA